CGCGACGUGUGGGUGACCGCGCCCUGUCCAGUAUAGGGAAGAAGAUGCGGAGAACAUUGGCUAUGGUGGCUAUGGUCGUUGGAACACGACGCAGCCUCUUGAAAAUGGGAUGAUGAUGAAGAGGAAAGGGCUGGCAAUGGCACUGCGCGAAGGCCGUUACGAGGGCGUGAGCAAAGCAGCUAAGGGAGGCGGGCAAGGAUGUGAAGACAGCCUGCACUUACAAUGAGAUUCAGUGAUUGGCGAAGGCCAGGGCGACUGUGAAGAUUCCCUUGACUGGCGAAGGAGAGCAAGGGCAUGUGAGGACGGGUUGGCUUAUCGGUGCAUUGGUGCUCGUCUUCACCCAAAUACAAUGCCCGGUCAAUAUAGACGUAUUUGGGGCAACUUUGAGUCUAGGUACAGCGAUAAUGACCGUGCAUUCUAUUCGGGUGAAGACAGUAGUGGGAAAGGCACCACGACCAUGAGGACUUCCCCGAUUCGUGAGGACUUGUGAGGACUUCCCGAUUCGUGACGGCUUUCCCAAUUCGUGAGGACUCCCUUGAUUCACAAUGAUGAAGGGACUGGUGAAGGGGAGCAAGGGGAUGUGAAGAUGGGUUGGCUUCUCACUGCAUUUAUGAUAGCGGGAAAGGCACCAAGGCAAUGAGGACUGGCCGGAUUCAUGAGGACUUUCCCAAUCCGCGACGACUUUCCUGAUUCGUGAUGACUUCCCCAAUCCGUAAGGACUUUCCCGAUUCGUGACGACUUUCCUGAUUUGUCAGGACUUUCCUGAUUCUCAGUGAUAUGAUGAAAUGAACUGAAACAGCAUGCUGAAGGAGUUCGGAAAAAAAAGGUCUCUGAUUGGCUAGAAGACUUCUUUUGUCGGCAGAGUGUGGCUAAGACAGGUGAGGCCUAGACUGCUUUUUUUUGCCUCUGCAGAGUGGCUGAGGCAGGCGAGGCCUUAAAGAUUUUCCGCCGGUGCACGGUUAUGAACUGACUGAAGGGAGCUGUGAAAGUUCUCUUGCGGCUGGGCAAUUUGUUGGUUAACCCCUAUGAGUCUUGGUCCAAGAUGCGCCUGAAGGAGUUUCCUGUCACCCCCGACUGGAUCCUCCGUGUUGUGGACCUAGCUGUCGCGCUUGCCAAGCUGCUGCGACAAGAAGCCCGUGCAGCAGAGGAGGGGUGUCUGUGAGCCAGAGCAUAAUUCUCCUGGAGGAAUAUCUGAUAGCAAUUACGACCAGCCCUGGAUGCACCUGGCUGUGAUUGCUUGCAGAAAGCAGGUGAAAAGGGCGUUCGUUGGGUUGUGUGUCUUCCCUCGGACGUAAACAACGUGCAAACAACAAGUCUUCCCUCUGUCAUUACACGGCUGAUGUUGUCAUGGCGGUUUCACUGCAACAAAAUCCCAGCAGCUGCCCCACUUCUUCUUGCGUGGUUUUGGUUAUGAAUUUGCUCUUCUUUCACCUGCUUGUUGCUGCGUGUGGGGAAUCCCCUUGCGUGCCCCUGUGUUCUGAUGCCAAUGUUGCAGCGGUGGCCCGGUCGACAAGGAAGUAUGUGGCAUGUCUGAUGAACGAUGUACAGCGUUCAAUGUUCCUUGCUCCAUCKYAUUCCGCUAACUACAACCUUUUUGGGCUAUGUACCGGCGUGCAGAGGCAAGGAAGUAGUAAUCCUCUCUCGGAAGAGGACUCUUGCGAUCCUUACACCGACUUCUGCAGGAGUCUUAUUGGUUGUCGCGGACCUAUUCGCCACUCGUCUGGCAAGAUUCUCGUGGUCGGGAUAUCGGAUCUUCCUAUAUGUCUGCCUCCCGAGUACUCGGUGACAUUACACAUCUACUCAUAUAAACCAGACCCUGCCGUAAUAGUUGACGAUCCAAUGCUGGUUCAAAAGAUCACAGACGCCAUACAGGAUGGCCGCACCCAUUAUGACAGCAACGUUCUUCACCAAGGCCACGGGUAUGCUGGAUUUUCUCUCAAUGAUUGGAGAUUCUUUAUUGUCAAAGACAAGGAGUUGGAAUUGUUUCUACUGUCUCUUUUCCCACAGGGUCUGGUGGAUGAUAAGACGAGGGAAGAGAUUCAAGAUUCUAUUCAAUCUGGUGGGAAAGUAAGAACAUUUGAGUACCAGGUAGAUGAUAUGUUAGAAGUGGUAUCCAGGCUGGAUGGUGAGGAAUUYGAGGACGCCCAUCCACUUAGGGAAGCCGGGUUCAGUAAGAAGAGAUUUCGUAUCUUCCCGGAGAUGAUGUCUGGACCCUAUGUUGGGCCUGUGUUCUGAGUGACAAAGCCAGAGAGGGGGGGGGCGGGAAGAGGUAGACGAUGGAUAUAGGGGCAUGUGUUCUUAUUCUGCACAGGCACCACACAAAUAAAUCGAGUUAUAGACUUCUAGAAAGUCUUAGGAGGAAGAGGAGUUCAAGGUGUUCAACUUUGCUGCCCUGCCAAGCAAUGCCAAGCAAUGCCAAGCAAUGCCAUGUGCUGCAUCAUAGUCUCUCUACUUUAUAAUGCCAGACCGA